CGUACGUCAGGUCCAAUUAACAAAGAGAGCCCCAAAUUCUAUAAUAUUGAGUGUGCUUCUGAUCACACGACCUGAAUGUCUGGUAAUGGCGAAGAACAUUAGAAACAACGAGGCCAACAGUAGUGGUAGCCGAAGCAGCAGUAGAGGUGAAAGCAUCGUUGUUGAUGUUGGAAAGUAUAGGAACUCUUGCGGUUAUUGCAAAUCUGGUGGACUAACUCGUGUUUCUCACGGUUUAAGGUCUCAUAGCAUUACUGUAGAUGACUACCAAGAUCUUCUCGAUCGGGGCUGGAGGAGAUCUGGUUGUUUCCUUUACAAACCUGAGAUGGAAAGGACUUGCUGCCCCUCCUAUACUAUCCGUUUGAAGGCAGGUGACUUUGUUCCUUCUAAAGAGCAACUUCGGGUAUCUCGACGAAUGCAAAGAUUUCUGGAUGGCACGUUAGAUGUUAAAAGACCUACGUUGACAGAAGAGCAAAGUACUGCUAAGGCUUCAUGCAGCUUGGCCAGUAAUGAGGCUUCAAGUUCUAUAACAAAGGCAGCUUCUGGUGGUAAUUACAAGGAGAAUGACAAAGAAGAAGAAUAUAUGCAACUUUUGUCUAACCAAAUUGAUAAUGCGGUGCAUGCGUGUGCUGUGAGUGAGGAAUUCAUUUCUAAUAUUCAACUACCAAAGGCUUCUGUGAAAAAGGUCAUACAAACCAAAAAGAAGCUAAUUGAAGGAUCUGAAGAUUUGUUGUACACUAGCAACAUUUCAUUUCAGAUAGCAGCAACCCUAAGGCAGUCUGUGCAAUUGGAGAAGAAUAAUGUGUUAGGACCAUUGAUAAAUGGCACAAAUGAAAAUGGUUGUACUAUUGACCUUUCACCCAAUACUAUUGCAGAAAUGCUGGCAUGUUCUUUAAAUCAACUUGGAGAAUUUUCUGGUUUGUCAAUCAGAGCCUGCAUUGGGCAUAUUAACUUUUAUUCUGCUACAAGACAAGCUUCUUCAGGUGAGGGGACUGCGAUGGAUAAUGCCAUUGGCCAAUCACCUAAAGUCAGUGGAAGUAAACAUAGCUAUAUCCAGAAGAACAGGGAAUGUCCCCAGUCAAGACGGAAGCUUGAGAUCCGAUUGAAAAGGUCUAGUUUUGAUCCGGAAGAAUAUGCUUUGUACAGAAGAUACCAAAUUAAAGUGCAUAAAGAUUCACCUGAUAAAGUCAUGGAAAGUUCAUACAGAAGGUUUCUGGUUGACACUCCCUUAGUGUUUGUUCCGCAUUCUGGUGAUGGUACAGUUCCACCUUGUGGAUUUGGCUCUUUCCAUCAGCAAUAUGUGAUUGAUGGGCGCCUAGUUGCGGUUGGUGUAGUGGAUAUCCUUCCAAGGUGUCUCUCAAGUAAGUAUAUGUUCUGGGAUCCUGACCUUGCCUUUCUAUCACUGGGUAAAUAUUCAGCUCUGCAAGAAAUAGGUUGGGUAAAAGAGAACCAGGUCCAUUGUCCUAGCCUUCAAUACUACUAUCUUGGCUAUUAUAUUCACUCAUGUGGCAAGAUGAGAUACAAGGCAGCAUAUCGUCCACCAGAGCUUCUUUGCCCUCUACGUUACCAGUGGAUCCCAUUUGAUAUUGCAAGGCCUUUACUUGAUAAAAGGCCAUAUGUUGUCUUAUCAGAUUUUGCCACUACACAAAUUGAUGAGUCACGAAAGGUUCCAGGAAAUUCUGUUGAACCUCAUGAUGAUUUUGGUCAAGAUGACCAGAGUGACAUUGACAGUGAAGAUGUAGAAAUGGUUGAACCUGCUUUUGUUGGCGCUGACAAUGACUCAGGUCCAGAAACAAGUGAUCUAACAUCAGAUGAACUAAAGGUUGCUGAUGCUGCGAGCAAUGUUUUGAUAGAGUUAAAGGGCUCACGUCUGAGAUUCAAGGAUCUGCAAGCAUUCAAUCCUGCUGAAAGGAGAUACUUAGAACUUGAGUUGCAUAGAUACAUCAAAUUGGUGGGCCCCACACUCUCGAAGCACAUUGUUUAUAACUUGGCUGAGUGGUUCUGAGAAGGCUAUAGGGGAAAACAGUGUGGAGAUGUUAUUUAAUCCUUCUGAUGGGGAUUAUUCUGUUCGAUUUGGGUUCAAAAUGAGGUUCAUAUGAUCCUCAUAUAUAUGUUUUCAUGUUUGAUUUUAUGAGCGAAAGGUAUAAAGUCUUGCAUGGGUUCUGGCCU